CCGACCACAGCACUUACCACUUUUUAUACAGUGCGAGUAGCUGGCGCAAAACACGGCUGGCGACCCCUUUAGCUUCACGACCUCUUUGUUGUGCACACUACUAAACUACACCGUUCAUCUCCUUUCAUCAAGCAUAUUAUUAUCGAGAUAUGCGUGCGUAACCGACUUUUAUGAUUCCCGCCUACAUGGAGAUCCAGAUCUGGCUUCGCGCUCCUCACAGAUAGCAUCGCAUCAGAGCUUCAGCCCGCCACCACGAGCUGCACUGCGCUGCGGGCGCUGAGGACCCAAAAUGACGAGAAGGAUCGUACGUAUAUCUUUAUGACAUCUAGUCCUUGGGUGAUAACUAACUCUGCGCUAAGGUACGAACGAUAUGCCAACUCGGAGUCCUGGCCAUAGUAACCAUCGUCUUCGUCUUCUUCCUCGACAACCGAUUCCGCGUCCUGCCCUCCGCAAUCCAUAAUGUCAUGCCCGCGCACCAUCCCGGUCUCAUGAUCACAGAUAUCACCGUAACCAAGUGCUCGACAGUCAAUCUCUUUACCAGCUGUAAACUCGAUGGGGAUCUGUGGCAUCGCAUUGAGAAGGAUCUGUAUCUUGGCAGUGGAUGGGUCUCGAGUGCAUAUGUGCAUGUGAAAAGACGGAAGGAGGAGGAGCUUCUUAAUCAUGAGAUGGUUAUUGUCGAUAUCAGGGUUGGACGUCUGGACCCGACCAAUGGGGAGAAAGGGGAGGAGAAUGCGAGGUGGGAGUCUAGGCCUGGAGGGUUGUGGUUGAAACGUUCUAGGAAGUCCGCAGCAGAUUCUUCCAAGGCCAUCACGGCUGUGGAUGUUCUUUUUGGUGCGGAUGCUGUGGAUCCCAGGCCUGGGUGGGAAACAAUCGAUCGACCGUUGUUAUUGAAUGUUGCGGGAGAAACGCAUGAGGCGAGACUUAGUGUCAGGAGGGGGAAACCUGCGCAGCCUGCCAAAAUCAAGCCUAGGAUCAAUUCGGAUGGGAAGUUUAAGAUUAUGCAGCUUGCGGAUAUUCAUUUUAGUACGGGUACUGGGCAUUGUAGGGAUCCUAUGCCGGCGGGACACGAUGGGGGAAAGUGUGAGGCUGAUACUAGGACGUUGCUAUUUAUUGCGAGGUUAUUGGAUGAAGAGAAGCCUGAUUUGGUUGUGUUGAGUGGGGAUCAGGUUAAUGGGGAGACAGCCCCGGAUGCGCAGAGUGUAAGUCCAUUUAAUAUGUUUCAUAGAGAGAAACUGACUAUAUCAGGCCAUCUUCAAAUACGCCGAGCUACUCGUUGAACGCAAAAUCCCUUACGCCUCCAUAUUCGGUAACCACGAUGAUGAAGGUUCACUCCCCCGAGCCCAGCAAAUGGCUCUAAUUGAAACUCUCCCUUACUCCCUCUCCCAAGCCGGACCGGAAGACAUCGACGGCGUAGGAAAUUACUACAUCGAAGUCCUCUCCAUGGGGAAUUCCAAACACUCAGCUCUCACCAUUUACUUAUUAGAUACCCACGCAUAUUCUCCUGAUGAACACACAUUCAAAGGCUACGACUGGCUGAAAAAGAACCAAAUCGAGUGGUUCAAAAACACGGCUGAUGCUUUGAAGACUGGCCAUGAGAAGUUUACGCAUAUUCAUAUGGAUCUCGCGUUCAUUCAUAUUCCACUACCGGAGUACGCGGAUCCGGAGUUGCCUAGAGUAGGCGAGUGGAGAGAACGUGUUACGGCGCCUGGGUUCAAUUCUGGGUUCCGGGAUGCGUUGUUGGAGAAGGGGGUUGUUAUGGUUAGUUGUGGACAGUACGUAUUUUCUUAUUAACCUUCGCUUAUUCCUUUUCGCCCCCCUCACCCAUCCCCCCUAUUUCUCCCCCCAUCUAACAUCUCCAAGCGACCACGCAAACGAAUACUGCUCCCUCUCCCCCGACAAUUCUGGCAAUCCGGCUUUAUGGAUGUGCUACGGAGGCGGCGCGGGUUUCGGUGGCUACGGUGGAUACGGAGGCUAUCAUCGACGCAUUCGCAUUUUCGAUAUCGACAUGAAUGAGGCCAAGAUUGUGACGUGGAAACGUCUGGAGUAUGGGACGCCUGAGGAAUUGGCGAAGAAGGUGGAUGAACAGGUUAUUGUUGAGGGGGGAAGGGCUAGGGGGCUGGGUGGGAAGUGA